UAGAGACUUCCAUCUUCCUCAGCGGGGUGUCCCUUAUGAGCAGUAAGCAUCAACCCCGGCUCACCUUUUCACUGUUGACCACGUUGGUAAAAGCACUCUUUUGAAAUAGAUUUUUUUAUUAUUUAUUUAUUUUUUUUAACUUUUCUGGACAAUCUACCGCUCCCCCACACUGCGAAUGAAUCUUUCUGCUGCUGGACUGAAUUUAUGACCUGGCCUGUUAUCUGAACAGCCUCCGUUGCCUCUUCACAUCAUCUCUAAGAACUGACACGUACUGUCCACUGUAGGAAACGCGCUGAGAGGAAAAGUGGUUCAGGAUGGCUCUCAAUGUGUUGGGUUUGGUGGUUAUGGCGUUGUUCUACAUACUGAUCUUGGGCACGGGCAUCUACGCGUCAAUGCGUUCGAGGAAGGAGGAGAAAAAAUGCUCAGGCGACGGCAUGGAAAUGACACUACUCGCGGGACGAAACAUCAGCUUGCUAGUGGGCAUCUUCACUCUUACAGCUACAUGGGUUGGUGGAGGCUUCAUCCUCGGUAUAGCUGAGGCAACAUAUAAUCCAACACUCGGCGCGGUGUGGGCGCUCAUGCCUGUGCCUUACGUCGUGACCUUCUUCUUAGGUGGCUUUUUCUUUGCUAAGCCUAUGAGAGAAAAUAAAUACAUGACAAUGAUGGACCCUUUCCAAAAGAAGUAUGGGAACGUUCUAAGCAGUGCCCUGAUCUUUCCUGCCCUGGUGGCCGAUGUCUUGUGGGUGGCGCGUACACUGGUCAGUCUGGGGGGAACGAUGAGUGUGAUCUUGGACCUGCCCUACGUCUACUCCAUUAUCAUAUCUUCAGUGGUGGCCAUAAUCUACACGCUGCUGGGGGGGCUCUACUCAGUGGCCUACACAGAUGUCAUCCAGCUAAUUCUCAUCUUUGUCAGCCUGUGGGUGUGUGUACCUUUCUUGAUGACCAACCCUCACUCUGUGGACAUCUCACUGACGGCCUACAAUCACACCUUCCAGGCUCCCUGGGUUGGCACGGUGGAGCUUGAUGAGGCCGGCAAGUGGUUUGACGAUUUCAUGCUGCUGGCUCUGGGUGGUUUAGCGUACCAGGCAUUCUACCAAAGAAUCCUGUCCGCGUCGUCAUACACGCAGGCUCAAGUGACGUGUUUCGCCUCUUCAGCCUUCUGUCUGGUUCUGGGUAUCCCCUCUAUCCUGGUCGGGGCUGUGGCUGCGUCUACAGACUGGAACUCCACCAGUUAUGGACUACCCACCCCGUAUGAGCGCGACCAGGCGGGAUCCAUCCUCCCGAUUGCUCUGCAGUUCCUCACGCCCCCCUAUGUAUCUGUCAUUGGCAUUGGAGCUGUAGCUGCUGCUGUCAUGUCUUCCAUGGACUCAGCCCUGCUGUCCUCCGCCUCGUUAUUCUCCUCUAAUAUCUACAAGAACAUCAUCAGGAAGCAGGCCUCAGACCGUGAGAUGCAGUGGGUGAUCCGGAUCUCUGUGGUGGUGAUAGGUUUGGCAGGGACUGCCCUCACCUUCCUGGACAGCAGUGUCCUGGUCUUCUGGCUCGUGGGCGUAGACAUGUCCUACACUAUCAUGUUUCCUCAGCUGGUCUGCAUCCUGUUCUUCAGUGUGUCUAACGGCUACGGAGCCACUCUGGGCUACCUGAUGGGAAUCGUCAUGAGGGUCCUGAGUGGUGAGCCCCUCAUCGGACUCCCUCCUGCUAUCCAUUUCCCCGGCUGCCGGCUGGACUCUGAGGGAAAGCUGACCCAGUACUUCCCCUUCCGCACUGUCAUCAUGCUAACCUCGCUUGUGUCCAUUCUGCUUUGUUCAUGGCUGGCCUCAAUAAUAUUCAACAAGGGUCUUCUGUCUGAAAAGUGGGAUGUCUUUAAGAUCACACGCAAGCAGAAAGUGACACCCUACGUUGAGGGCGUCAAGAGGACCAACGCCGAAAAUGAAGAAGCCUCUGUGGCCAAGCAGCUCCUGGACACCACCAGCUGUUGAGGAGGCUCAGAGAGGAGACGGGAACUGGCUGCAGGCGGACACGUCUGUCUGUCUGCUAGGCUUGAGUUCUUAGAGGGGGAAACGGUGGCGAAGCCGGAAUGUCAUGCACAGAUUCUGUGCAGCAUCAUCAGAUGAUCUGAUCUGAUCUCUCUUGCACUCCUCCCCACCAUCUUUUUUUCAUUCAGUUUCAAGACCCGUAUGUUUUACAACAAGAAGACAGACUUGUUCACAAAGUAAUGACUCCACCAGAAUGAUGAAAUAACACAAUUCACACAGGUGGAUCUUCGAUACAUCAAAGUAUGUCUCACCAUCCCAGACAUCUAACAUGCUAUCUGCGUCAUUAUUGAUUACUGUAUAAUCAAUAGUAAAGCUGCAGGAAACACAUCAUUGUACUGUCUCUCCACCUAGGGUCCUUCUCCUUUUACAUCAGAACAAACCAGCGCUACAACAAGUGACCCACCGCACGUUUAAGACAUUUUAUUUAAAAUGUCUCCUUUUUAUCUUCUGCCUUGAGCAGGACUAACUGUUCUCAUAAUGCUAUUUAUAUUACGGAUCUUUUUUCUUUUCUUCCGAUCAAUUUCAGGUAAAGAAUCAGUGCUUACGCACCAAAGUGUUUUUCUGAUCAUCAGACAGCUUUUUUUGUGUCAUCCUGAUUUUUAUAAACGAAAAAAAAAAAAAAAAACUGGAGUUGUGUACAGCUUUUCAAAAAAUGUGAAGAUUCAUGUGUCUUCAGCUCUUCCCACAGUUUGAGUCCAGCAGGUACAGCUGACUCAAGUGUCCCAGUCCGGUCUGCUCUGAGCUGGCGGCUUUGUUGCACGAGCAAAAGCACAGCUCACGCUCAGAUGAAAGCGACACAAACACCGUCCAAGCUUUCUUAAGGCCCUGUUUCGGUUUUUAACGACUGCUUAACAUGACGUGUCUUGUCGUUAAUGGCAGCGCAGACAGACUGAACCUUGAGCCCCUCGGCCACCAUUCGCUCCCACGAUAAAUAAAACUGAAUGUAUCAGUUUUCUGCGCCAAGAGAUUGACGUCCUCCUCCUCCUAACCCAUUCCUCCUUGUUUCUUUCCCCUCCCUCCUUCAGUGCGGGAGAGGAGUCUUGCAGUUUCACUUAUAUUUUUACUGUAAAUUUGCUGUAGUUUACAAUGGGAUCAUUAUUUUAUUUUCCCUCUGGGGUGGUGAAAAUAUUUGCAGCUAAGACUAGGCUAAGAGAAUUUAGCUUGAUAUCAGUACAGUUUCUUGUUCAAGCACUUGAUAUUUUUUAAUGUGUGUUUGGUUGUACUGACCCUACACAGAAGCGGGUCGUGCAAAGAAAGCCCUGCUAAUGUGUGGCAGUCUCAGAAUCUUCCUAUACCAUACUGUUGCCUUUAAGACCUUUCACUGGAAACUGGUUUCACUCCACAGCUGGCGGCGUUUUGCUGGACAUCAUAAAACGUAUGUGCGAUCGAAUCACUGUUCAAAUACCUCGUGGAGUCAAGAAAAACUUCAAAUCUUCAUCUACAGUCUACUGUGUUAAUGUCACCAAGAUAUGUCUCAAAACAGGCACAUGCAUCAUUUCAUAUGUGUGAUUGUGGAUUCUACCUGUAUUAUACUUUCGUACCAUAAAGUCUAAUCCUGAUAACUGUGGAUCACUUGUAUUCCUACACUUUUUUCUUCCUUUUUCUUUUCUUUUCUUUUUUUUUUGAAAUCUAAUGUGUUGUUGUGCGUUGAGCACAAGGUUUUAUUGGUGAUUUUUUAAAAGAGUAAAAUUUACCUUGGGUUUUGCAGAACAUAGAUAUAAAACAUACUGGUACGGGAAACUUCACGUAACCGUACACAACCGCAAGAACACUCACAAAGCCGGCCGCCCACGGCGUCGUAUGGGACGGCCUGAACAACGCAGCGUGUGUAUGUUAAACGCUAUGUAUGAGUACUGGACAUUUCUAUUAGUUAUAUAUUAAGAGUAUAUUUGGUUUUAUACUAUUAUGCAUGUUUAUUUUCAUUAACUUUGUGAAGGCUGUUCUUUCUUGCCACUUGGCAAGGUCAUACUUUGUAAUCAAUGAAUGUGAAUCCCCAUGGGGUGGUGUUGUGUCAGAAUAAAGUCCAAAGACUAAAUUUA